AUGACUCAACCACCAGGGUUCAUUGAUCCAUCUCAGCCAUCUUACGUCUGCAAACUCAACAAGGCACUUUACGGGCUCAAGCAAGCUCCCCGUGCUUGGUUUCACCGCAUGACUUCUUUCCUCUUGUCGGUUGGUUUUGUUCAGAGUUUAGCGGACUCUUCUCUAUUCAUUUUUCGUCAUGGAGUGCACACUAUUUAUUUUUUGCUGUAUGUUGAUGACAUUGUGGUUACAGGUUGUGACAAUCAGCUUCUCCAAGGAUUUAUUGCUGGAUUGGGGCGUGGUUUUGAUAUUAAGGACCUUGGUCCUCUGCAUUACUUUCUUGGGUUACAGGUCUCCUCUCACAAUAAUGGACUUCACAUCAGCCAGCUCAAGUAUGCUCAUGAUCUACUUGUCAAGCAUGAUAUGCUGCUAAGUCAACCGGUUAGCACACCUAUGUUUGCCAAGGCCAACCUCACUGCCACCGAAGGAGAAUCUCUUGCCAAUCCUACCACAUUUCGAGAAAUUGUUGGCUCUCUCCAAUAUUUGACAAUCACUCGCCCCGACAUUGCCUUUGCAGUGAAUUCUAUUUCUCAGUUCAUGAGUCAGCCCCACGCACCACAUUUGAUUGCUGCCAAACGUAUUCUUCGUUACAUCAAAGGCACACUGGAUCAUGGUUUGUCAUUCAUCCCUCAACGCCAACCUGUUCAUCUCUCGGCCUACUCAGAUGCAGAUUGGGCUGGCUGUCCAGACUCACGUCGCUCCACCUCUGGCUACCUCAUCUAUCUUGGCAGCAACUUAAUCUCAUGGUGCUCCAAAAAGCAGCCUACCAUUGCUCGUUCGAGUGCAGAAUCAGAAUAUCGCUCCCUUGCUCAUGCUAGUGCCAAAACCACCUGGUUAGGCUUCUUAUUAUAUGAACUUGGCGCUCUUAUUCAGUUCCCUAUCUUGCUUUAUUGUGACAACCUUAGUGCAACCUACAUGGCAUCUAAUCCGGUUUUCCAUGCCCGUACAAAACAUAUUGAGUUAGAUUAUCACUUUGUCAGUGAAAAAGUAGCACUUGGUGGUCAUCGUGUUAACUAUGUCCCUUCGGUGGAUCAACCUGCUGAUCUUCUCACAAAACCACUUCAUAAACAUCGUCAUCUUCUCCUCCGUACCAAACUUGUGCGAUCAGCACCGCCCAGUUUGAAGGGGGGUGUUAGAGAGAAUAAUGCAGUCACUACAAUCUAG